AUGACUCCAGAAACCACUGCAGGAGGCCGGAAUGAAAAACGGGCGAUGACAACGUUGGGUAAGCCAGAGUUUGCAAGAGUCCUGCAACCAAGAGUGCCUGACUGCGAGGACGAGUUGGAACUGUGCGUGGCCGACAUUAUCCGGGUGCUUCAGAAGUUUAAUAAUGGUUGGUCCAAAGGAGUCCUCGACGAUAACGUAGGAUUGUUUCCAGUUAGCCAUGUCAAAUUUCUCAAACCAUUAUUUGGAGUGCGAGUGCUAUACAAAUACGAGGCCCAGAUGCCUGACGAGUUGGUCUUGCAGGUUGGAGACACCAUCACCGUCCUCGAUGAUGAUCUCGAAGAUGCAGGCUGGUGGUUUGGGGAGAUUGCCGGUAGAGGUGGAAUGUUUCCCAACAAUUUUGUUGAGAGGAUUAAGCAACCAGUGUUGAACCAAGCUGUUAUCAGAAAAAAAUCAAACUUUGGUAGGAACAGUGAAUCAGACAUGAAAGAUGGUUGUAGCAAGAGUUCCUCGCAGCCGACGAACCCUCCUGCCUGGGACAAGUACGAAGAGGAGCGCCAGGAUCAACCAUUCCAACGCCAACCAUCACCAGCAAUCAAAAAUUCUCACCAGUCGUCUAAGGGCCAACAACAACAUCAACUGCAACAACAACAACAUCAACUGCAACAACAACAACAUCAACUGCAACAACAACGGCAACAAUUGUCGCCAACAUCGACGAAAAAGCGCAACAUUUCGCCGAGAAAGGCGGCUUCAGAUGGAGCAGCUGUCCCGGGCAGUAACGUAAACGACGUAAAGGAGGACCUGGCGAAGAUCAGGUUCAACUUUGAAUGGUUCUCCAUGAAGCACGCCAAGACGAUCAGUCAGCUGGUCGAGGAGGUUGAGCAUGAGAAGAAGGAGAGGAAGUCGCUGGAAGGCCAGUUACUGGAACUCAAUCAGAUGGUCAAUAACAAAUUCAAUUUGAAACUUUAA